CACUUCCGUCCAGAAUCCUGACGAUUUCGGUCUGUACCGGAAGUGCAUGGGUUGCCGAUGUGGUGUCUACUGACUGCAAUUCCAGUUACUCGCCCUUGUCUCCUUGGCUGGGUAUUUGCUUCGCACCAUGGCGCCCAAAGGCAAAGUGGGUACAAGAGGGAAGAAGCAGAUAUUUGAGGAGAACAAAGAAACUCUCAAGUUUUACCUUCGGAUCAUACUGGGAGCCAAUGCCAUAUACUGCCUUGUGAACCUGGUUUUCUUCUAUUCAUCUGCCUCAUUUUGGGCCUGGAUGGCCCUGGUCUUUAGCUUGGCAGUAUAUGGGGCUAGUUACCACUCUAUGAGCUCGAUGGCUCGGGCAUCCUUCUCUGAGGAUGGGUCCUUGAUGGAUGGUGGCAUGGACCUCAACAUGGAGCAGGGCAUGGCAGACCUUCCUUCUAUCCACAGGCACCUUAAGGAUGUGAUCCUACUGACAGCCAUUGUCCAGGUGCUAAGCUGCUUCUCCCUCUACAUCUGGUCCUUCUGGCUUCUGGCUCCAGGCCGGGCCCUUUACCUCUUGUGGGUAAAUGUGCUAGGCCCCUGGUUCACAGCAGACAGUGGAGUCCCAGCGCCAGAGCUCAAUGAGAAACGACAACGCCGACAGGAGCGGCGGCAGAUGAAGCGGUUAUAGCCAUCAUUACUGUGGCCAGAGGCUGCUGGGCGCUGCUUGGCUCUAUUUGGCUGCAUGGCCCCAUGCCUGGAGCAGUGAGGGCCUAGUGUCAGGGCCAAAAGCAGCCUGGAAUAUAGGAUUACUAAAUAAAUUGUUUCAAAUGUG